AUGUCUCUACACUUGAAGAAUGUCAGGAGCUCUGACAAAGGAUCAUACACUUGUGUGGUCUCUUUCAAUGACACGUACCAUGAUGUGUUUAUUGAACUGCAAGUGGCAGCUAAAGGUGGUGUGCCUUCCAUUUUCCUGAGGAGCCAUGUGAAGCAGGACAUUGGCCUCACCUGCCAUGCAGCUGGAUGGUUUCCCAAACCUGAGGUGAUUUGGCUGGAUGGCCAAGGACGGGUCCGGAAGGAACUAUCGACCACAAAGAUGACAAUGAUGCCUGAAGGCCUAUACAGGGUUGUAACUUCCAUGAACCUAAAACCAGGCUCUGACAUGGGAGUCUCUUGCAGAAUAGUGAACAACCUGCUAAAUACAACGAGCGAGUCUCGAGUCCUGAUCUCAG